AUGAAAUUUUUGCCGCCUGCAAAAUAUCCAAUGGUUGAAUCAUGGCUCUUUUUCGGUUCACCAACUCCAAUGCUGAUAAUCUUCACAAUCUACCUUUUAUCUGUCAUUAUCGGAUCAAAAAUAAUGAAAAAUCGGAAGCCCUUAAAGCUACACUCCCUCAUCAGAGUUUACAAUCUCUUACAAAUUGCCGGAUGCACAUAUUUCUCAUAUAUUGCACAUUUUAAAUUCGGAUAUAAUGCAUUAAAGUCAACUUGGAGAUGUGAGACGAAUGACAUGUACAUCGAUACUUACGAUGAUCUUGUGCAAGUUUUUAGUCUCAGCUGGAUGUUCUUUUGGUUGCGACUUAUUGAACUUCUUGAGACAAUUUUCUUCAUUUUAAGGAAGAAGCAGAAGCAAGUAUCAGUUCUACAUGUUUAUCAUCAUAUCAGUACUUUGGUGUUUUUGUACCUUGGAAGUCGAUAUUCAGCAGAGGUCAUGGACAUCUACUGUGUCGUCAUCAACAACGAUGUUCACAUAUUGAUGUACAUUUAUUAUUUCCUGAGCUCUUUCAAAGCUUUACAGGCAUGGCUAUUGAAGUUAAAGCCUGUAAUGACAACAAUACAAAUAAUUCAACUCAUUCUUAUCUUUGGACAGUGUGUUGCUGAGGAAGUUUGUGGAACAUGUCAUCUGUUUCAUUUGGGAAUGUUUCAGAUCACUGUUUUGUUAAUGUUUUUUGGGAAUUUCUAUUAUCAGAAUUAUAUGAAGAUGAAGGCAAGGAAGAUUGAUGCGAGAAUGGGUUUAAAAAUUGAUUGA